AUGACGCCUGUGAACGGGGACGAACAGGAUAACCAUCCUUCACUUGAUCAGCUCUGGGAUCAAAUACGAAGAAGGAAGGAGCGUCAAGAAGCCAAACGUCCUACGAAGGUGAAGUCUCUCGAGACGGCGACUGCCGCCCCCAGUGGCGUCUCCCGUUCACCCCCAGAUCAGAGCGCAAUGCAGAGGAAGGUUACACCCCCCCAGCUAAAGAGGAAAAAGUCCAUUGUUUCCUACCGUGAAUCCCACGACGGCCGUACUAAAACGGCCAUAUUCGAUUUACCCGGUGUGAAGAAACACCAUAUACAUAUCAACUUCCGCUCAGAUCACAUGACGGUUGAGUGGACAACCGUUACGAUCACGGAAACUGAAGAGGAUGGGCGGCUUGUAAGGGAACGGAAGGAAAAAAUAUAUACGCGGACUAUACCAGUACCCCAGGGAACGAAGUUCGAGGAGGUUCGUGCAACGAUGGACAAUUCCCGUCUAAUCUUGACCUACCCAAACAUGAGAACUGUACGCGUCGAUCGCCGAAAACACGAGUUUGGACAGGGUGAACCACGUCGCAUUGAGCCGACUGAAGUCGAGUCCACAGACGUCUACGAAUACUAG